AUGCCCCGCUCCAGCCUACCGCCCACGCCGGGAUCCUCUGCGGAUACCAAGGUCCAGGACGGAACCCAGGACCUCGCCUCGCUGCACAUGACCUUUGAGCUGCCUCCCCCGGCCUACCAGAACCCUCCCGCUCCAGGUGCCUCAUCGGCCUCCCCUUACCCCCUCCAGGCCGCCGAGACGGUCAAGUCCCGCCGUCGCUCCUCGACCAUGGCCGGGGAGAGCAGCUUCUCCCUGCCUCCCCCGCCGACCCGCUCUCGCAAGAUUGUCCAGAUGAAGCCCCGCCAGCAGAACGUCUCGGAGCCUCUCUCCCCAACAACACCUGCCACCCCGGCCAAGGGUAAAGGUGGUACGGGUAAGGGGGCCGCCGGUUCUGGUGCCGGAAGUGUAUCCAAGGUAUCGACGGCCGCCGCCGCCUUGGCCGCUCAGGGACAGGCUGUCGAUAAUCAGCAGGGGAAGAAGAAGCAGCCUAGCUCUACGAGCGCUGCCGGCAGAAAGAUUGCUCGCAAGACAGCCCACAGUCUCAUCGAGAGGCGGAGGAGGAACAAGAUGAAUGAAGAGUUUGCUCUCCUCAAGAGCAUGAUCCCCGCUUGCACCGGUGAAAUGCACAAGCUGGCUAUUCUGCAGGCGUCGAUAGAAUAUGUCCGAUACCUCGAAGAUUGCGUUACUCAGCUCAAGGACCAACACGAGAGCGUCAACGGACGAGCCCAGCUACCUUCGAUCCGCGAGUUUCACCCCACGUUCCGCGAUGACGACGAGACCGUCGCCGAUGCCGACAUGGAUGAUUCUGAGGCCGUCUCCCCCACAUUCACUGCCCAAUCCAACCGCAAAACACUAGCCCGCCACCCCUCGACAUCGCCCGCCCUGCACGCAAUGGGCGCCCACGGUCGCCAGAACUCGUACUCGUCGGCCUCGACAGACCAUCAGCGCCACUACAGCUACAGCGCCGCCUCGGCUGGUCCGUCGCCUGCUCUCGGUCCCCAGUUCGGCGCCAGUCCCUAUCCGGUGAGCAACGCCGGAUCUGCCCUCACCAGCCCAGCCCUCAAUCCCCAGCCCGAUAUGGACCAGGAAGCUACCGUCGCCCUGCUCAUGCUAAAUACGGAUAGGAGGGGGUUCAAUCCCGCUGAUACCAGGAGGACCGUAUCUGUGCGGGAUCUGCUCACCUCGUGA